AUGAAGGACAAGAGAAACACCCCCUUUCGAAUAUGUAAGAAAUUUUGUUUCCCAUGCUCAAUACUUCUGCUGUUCUCUUCCGCUGUUCUACUACAUAACUCCCAUUAUGGCCAAUCUCUUUUCAAGUAUAGUAAAGAGUUGAUAAAGCCAAACAGGAGCUUGACUCAGAAUAAAACGGCACUCGUUACUCUUUUAACAAAUCCAAACAAAACAAAUUCACCCGAAGUAGUUCGAGCAUGGGCCGAUGUCAAUUCAGCAUCAUCCGAAGUUCAGAGAGGUUCACGACCGAAGAUUUCCACGGGUUCAAUUCUAAAGCCAGCUUUGGAAGCUCGGCCGAUCCAACGUGUUCAACCAGCGCCGUCCGAAAUCAAAACAGGAUCAAACCAAGAGCCUCAGUCGGAAGCCCGAUCUACUAGCGACGUCCACUCCGUGUCAUCAAAAGUUAGGCCGAAGAAGGACCAAGAGGACCGAUCUCCUUCCGAGGUUCAUACAGUGUCACACUCAGUUCAGACAACUUCCAACUUUCGCUCAAUAAAUCGUAAUUCCCCUGAGUUACAAUGGACUUUUCCGACCUCCACAAAGUCCCUUGAUGUGGUAUCGACGCCCCGACCCGAACGCCGCCGAAGUCUCCUAAUCUAUGGAGCCGACCGUUCAGGCACAACAUUCACCACAAAAAUGUUUGCCGAAGAUCCACAACUUAUGACUGUUUAUGAACCGUUAUGGAUAACAACCAAAUGGAACAAAGAAGACUCUAGUCAAAUACCCAAUUGGACCAAAAACGUUCUUGAUCUUCUUAGAGGAAUUUUAAGUUGUAAGUUCGCCGAGACUGCUGCUGGUGUUAAAUUCCUCUCGCACACCUCACGGCAAUGGAGUGGAGCGUAUGUCAAAAACCCUUUUCAGUCUCAAAACUUUUGCCCCAACUGGGAAUGUAAAGAUCUUUCCAGAUCUCCCAAAUACGCCGACACAGUAUGCCUAACAAAAUACAAACACAGUGUAACGAAAAUAGGGGAGCCCAGGACACCCAACAGUUUAAUUUCAUCUUUUCUUCCAAAGGUAUUCUUAGAGAAUCCAGACACCGACAUCCGGGUUAUCCAGCUUAUCCGGGAUCCCAGAGCGAGUUUAAGAUCCCGGAUUAAGCAAGGGUGGAUGGUGGACUGGACGCAUUCGAGUUUUCCAAACUUAGUCAGAAAAAUUUGUUCAAACUUGGUCGCAAACAUCAAGUUUGGCCGAAAUCUGGGCAAAUGGCAAGACAAGUAUUUAGAAGUUCACUACCACGAUCUAGCCGGAAAACCGCUGGAAACGACAAGAGCUAUGUAUAAUUUUGCAGGAUUUGAAAUGCCCGAUAGCAUUGCCGACUGGGUGGUUCGCAAUACUUCGCCGAGUAAAGAAGAACUGAUGAAGGAAAGCAAAAACAUAUUCUCGCCAACUCGAAAUUCAACGGCUAAUAUUGAUAAGUGGAAGCAAGAUUCUCCAGUCGAAAGAAUUAAAAUAAUUGAGAAAUAUUGUAAAAAAGCACUUGAUCUUCUAGGACUGAAAAAAAAGCUAUAG